AUGACCAAGAUCAACACCAACUUGUCCUCCAGCAGGAGAAAGAGCCGCAAGGCUCACUUCUCUGCUCCUUCCAGCGUCCGCCGUGUCAUCAUGAGCGCACCUCUGUCCAAGGAACUCCGCGAGAAGCACAACGUCCGCGCCCUCCCAAUCCGCAAGGACGACGAGGUCAUCAUCAAGCGUGGCUCCAACAAGGGCCGCGAGGGCAAGGUCACCAGCGUCUACCGCCUCAAAUACGUCAUCCACAUCGAGCGUGUCGCCCGCGAGAAGUCCAACGGCCAGUCCGUCCCCAUCGGCAUCGCCCCCUCCAAGGUCGAGAUCACCAAGAUCAAGCUCGACAAGGACCGCGAGUCCAUCCUCGAGCGCAUCGCCAAGGGCCGCGACCUGAACAAGGAGAAGACCAAGGCAUAA